AUGGCAGAACCAGUGCUCAAGCCCGAGUUCUUCCGUCCAGUGGAGAUGCUUACGGACAAGGACGCCAAAAUCCGCUGGUACUACUGCAUCAUUGUCAAUCUGGCAGGCCUCAACUAUCCGGAACUGAUCCCAAGUGUAUACGCGCACAUGUCGGAGCACGCCAUGUCUGGGCUGGGCUUUGACGACCAGUUCAAGGCCGUCCAAAAGCUCCGCGAGGCUCUGAUCAAGGGUUGCGGCAUCAUGGGGCCGGCCAAGACCGGAACCGCCAUACGAUUGUUGUGCAAGCAUAUCCCGGCUGAGCUACGGGACCCAGAGGCGCCUCGAUCAAAAGAGAGCCAAGAAGCGGCUUCCAAGCGAGGUCACGAAUUCCACAAGCGAAUCUAUGGCCGCAACACGGAGUUCGACCCGAACGCCACGGUCGAGGCCAGCCCAGAUUAUACCUACGUGGUCAGAGACCUCCUCUACGGCCGCAUAUUCUCAUAUGAUGGCAUCCUCGACGACCUGGAAACCGGCUACGUCGUUGUAUCGGCGCUUAUGGGCAUUGAUUGUCAGCCGCAGCUCCGGCACCACAUGAAGGGCAUGUUAUACAACGGGGCAACGCGCGAGGAGCUGCGGGAGCUGCAGGAUACGCUGCUGGGCCUGGCCGAAAUGCUCGGUGUACAGUUCCGGAGCACGAGACCACCGAUCCCAAGCAUCGAAAUGUAAUAGAUUAAGACAAGCCCUAUGGUAACUUCAAACCUUGCAAUCAUGUGC